AUGUCUUUCGAGCCCAUCCUCAUCCUGUACGCCUUCCUGGCGGUGGUCCAGCUGAUUCUGACCAUGCUCCCCGGGGUGUGGUACACGCGCAAGGGGACGGUGAACGUGGAGAUGCGGCGGGCGCUGAGCGGCAUGGCCUUCAACCUGCUGCUGCCCGCUGUGGUGUUCAUCAACAUCGCCGGCCAGGUCACCGCAGACACCAUCGUCAGCUACUGGCCCUUUGCGAUGAACACAUGCGUGAGCACGCUGGUGGGCAUGGGGCUGGGGUGGGUUGUGAAUGAGGUGGUGGGCACCCCGCGCCACCUGCGAUACCACGUGGUGGCGGCCUGCGGCUACGGCAACCUGAACAGGCGCGUGCCUGCCGGCGGCGGCCUGCCGCUCAUGAUCACCACCGCUGUGUGCGACCAAGAGAAGAUGCCUUUCUACCAGGCACUGGGCAGCGAGUGCGUCACCGUUGGGUGGGGUUACGUGGCCGUGUCCAGCGCUGUGGUCCAGAUCUUUGGAUAUCCGAUGGCCAAGUGGCUGCUGAGGCGGCGUGUGGCGCCGCGCUCCUUUGUGGAAGUGCUGCGCGACAUAUCCACCAUCUCCCUCAAGGGCAUGCCGCGCCCACCCAGCAUGAAGGAGGGCGAGGUGGGGCAGGCGGUGGAGCUGGCUGCGGCUGGGGCCGCACCGGCGCGGCCGCACAAGGCGGCCUCCGCGCCGCACGGCUACCCCCGAGGCCAGCCUGCUGCUGUUGCUGCUGCUGCUGCUGCUGCCCAAGCUGGGGAGCUGCCGGAGGCGGUGGAGGAAGACAAGGCGCUCAACGGCGCCGAGGCGGGCGGCGGCGCGGCCGCGCGCGAGGGCAGCGGCGGCGGCGGCGGCAAGGGCGGCGGCGCCGGCAGCGGCGCUGACAGCGACACGGACGACGAGGCGGCGGCGGCGGGCGUGUGCCUGCUGGCUGCUAUGGCUGCCUGCUGGCUGCUGGCGGCCGCGAUGGCGGUGCGGUAUGUGGUGCAGGGGCCAACCGUGGCUGCUGUCAUCAGCCUGAUCAUCGGCUGCAUCACGCCCCUCAGGGAGCUCUUCUUCCCAGUGACGAGCGCGGCGCUGGGCUUUGUAACGGGCGCCAUCACCAGCCUGCAGAGCGCAUACGUCUUCAUCGCCUCAUUCAUCCUGGGGUCGGUCAUGGCGCGGGGCCCCGGCCCCGGCACCAAGACGAUGGGCCUCAAGGCCUGCCUGUGCACGGUGGGCGUGCGCUUCAUCAUCCUCCCCGUCGUGGGCUGCCUCAUCGUCAUCGGCAGCAUCAAGGCGGGCUGGUACAUGCCGGCCAACCCGUACGCCACCCCCACCGCCAACCAGAUCCAAAACAUGGCCUCCAUGUUCCAAAACCACGAGAAGGAAAUCGGCGCCGUCAUUUUCUGGGAGUACAUCAUUGCCAUGCUGGCCAUCCCCGCCUGGAUGGUCAUGUUUCUGUUCUUGAUGGAUCGGUUCGACCUGUACGAGGGGGCGUGA